UGGAUUGUGAGGCCCGAGUGCCGGGUGCUGAGGUGUCGGCUGGCUCGCGCGCCUCCGCCGUCUGCGCCGUGCGCCGCCCGCCCACCUGGCCUCUCCUCAGGGGCUCCACCGCUUUUGCCUCGGCCUUCGGAGUCAGCCCGCGCCGCCCGCCCUCGCAGCGCCUCCGCGAGCCACCCGGGAGCUCGCGCCCUCGUGCCCUCCCGGCGCCCGAGGGGGCCGCCUCGGGCCAUGGUGCCCUCCCAGGAAGAGCCCGCCGCCGCCGCGGGGAGGACCGGCGACGCGCCGCCGCCCGACCCCGAGCCCUCGGGGGACACUUCGCAGUCUGGCCCGGGACCCUCAGACGGCUCUGAGGCGGCCGCCGAGAAGGUGGAGGUGGAGCUGGGGAGACCGGCGGGCGCGGAACCCCGGGAGCCCCCGGAGGGUGGCUGGGGCUGGCUGGUGAUGCUGGCGGCCAUGUGGUGCAAUGGGUCGGUGUUCGGCAUCCAGAACGCUUGUGGGGUGCUCUUCGUGUCCAUGUUGCGGACCUUCAGCUCCAAGGACGAUGACAAGAUGGUCUUCAAGACAGCAUGGGUAGGUUCUCUUUCCAUGGGGAUGAUUUUCUUUUGCUGCCCUAUAGUCAGCAUCUUCACAGAUAUUUUUGGCUGUCGGAAAACAGCUGUUGUGGGUGCUGCUGUGGGAUUCAUUGGACUCAUGUCCAGUUCUUUUGUCAGUUCCAUCGAGCCUCUGUACCUUACUUAUGGAAUCAUAUUUGCUUGUGGCUGCUCCUUUGCAUACCAGCCUUCAUUGGUCAUUUUGGGACACUAUUUCAAGAAGCGCCUUGGACUGGUGAAUGGCAUUGUCACAGCUGGCAGCAGUGUCUUCACAAUUUUGCUGCCUUUCCUUUUAAAGGCUCUGAUUGACAGCGUCGGCCUCUUUUUCACCCUGAGAGUCCUCUGCAUCUUUAUGUUUGUGCUCUUUCUGGCUGGCUUUACUUAUAGACCUCUUGUUUCCAGUGCCAAAGAUAAAGAGAGUGAAGGUAGCAGAUUCUUCCUUUUUUCCAGGAGAAAGUUCAGUCCUCCAAAAAAAAUUUUCAAUUUUGCCAUCUUCAAGGUGACAGCUUAUGCAGUGUGGGCCGUUGGAAUUCCAAUUGCACUUUUUGGAUACUUUGUGCCGUAUGUUCACUUGAUGAAACAUGUGAAUGAAAGAUUUCAAGAUGAAAAGAAUAAGGAGGUGGUUCUCAUGUGCAUUGGCAUCACUUCAGGAGUUGGACGGCUUCUCUUUGGCCGCAUUGCAGAUUACGUGCCUGGUGUGAAGAAGGUUUAUCUACAGGUCCUCUCCUUUUUCUUCAUUGGUCUGAUGUCCAUGAUGAUUCCCCUGUGCAGUGUCUUCGGGGCCCUCAUUGCUGUCUGUCUCAUCAUGGGGCUUUUCGAUGGAUGCUUCAUUUCUAUCAUGGCCCCCAUUGCCUUUGAAUUAGUUGGUGCUCAGGAUGUCUCCCAAGCUAUUGGAUUUCUGCUGGGAUUCAUGUCUAUACCUAUGACCGUGGGCCCACCCAUUGCAGGGUUACUUCGUGACAAGCUGGGCUCCUAUGAUGUGGCAUUCUACCUUGCUGGAGUUCCUCCUCUUAUCGGAGGGGCUAUACUUUGUCUUAUCCCAUGGAUCCAUAGUAAGAAGCAGAGAGAAAUCAAUAAAACCACUACAGGAGAAAAGAUGGAGAAGAUGUUAGAGAACCAGAACUCUCUCCUAUCAAGCUCACCUGGAAUCUUCAAGAAAGAAUCUGACUCUAUUAUUUAAAAGUAUUAUAUACCUCCACCACACUGGACUUGCUUUUGAAUUUUAAGCAAGUUUUCCUUUUAUAUGAAUUGCAAAUUACAUAUUUUUAAUUACAUCCUUGGAAUAGCACAAUAAUUGUAAAAUGGAACCUGCAUUUUACAAGAACCAUUUCUGCCACCAAAUAUCUGUCUGACAUUUCUAGGAGUCUGAGGGAGGAGACUGUUACAGGAACACAUGUCUGAAAGUCAAAUAUUGUCAACAUUUGAAGCUAUCUCAGUAAAAAGCAACUUUGGAAACUGUGAAAGCUAUUUAGCUUGUAUUUUUUUAAAUACCUCGAGCUAUAUUGAAGGGGUUUCAAUUUGGUUUGGAUUUUUGUUGUUGUUUUUGGUACCUUUAGUUCUAGUGUUUUAACUACUUCUGAAUUUUGGAAACUCUUUGCAAAAUUUAUCUGGAUUCCAGAUAACAGAUCUAUCUAAGCUUCAAAUCUGCUGUUAAGUAAUUUAAGCUUGAAAUGAGGAGGUUCUGACUUGCUCCAGUGUCCAGGGACUUUCUGGGAGCAGAUGCUAACCAUGUACUCAGACUCUAUGUGUGAGAUGGAAAGGACCCUCGUCACAAGGCAGAGCAAUUCAGAAACCAGGCGUGUCUUCAUUUAUGUUUGUUCCCUUUGGAUUUGCAGUGUGCUCACCUCAAGUAGUCAGAAGCAUCCCUCGUUUAUUGAUUUGUGUAAACAAUAAAGUAAAAUAGAAUGAAUGGACUAUAUCCUGGAAAUUUUAACUUAGAAAUGCUCUGAUUUCUAGGUUUAUUAGCAGUGGUAUUUAAAUAGUCUUAUUGAGCAUGUUAUAAGUUGCUGUCAUACACACAAAUCGUGUCGUACACACAAAGGGUGAGGCAAAACCCUUUCUAUUUAUGAAGAAAAUAUCUUUCUGCUAGAAACAAUUGUUAAAGUGAUUUAUGAAGUUAAUGGGCCUUAAAAGGUUAAAAAAUUUAUAAAAAGAAACAAUUUUUAUAUUUCCAAAUUUUUCUAGCAAAAAAAAUUGCAUUCAAAGGUGUACUCAUGAAUCAUUUCAGCAGGUUAUUUUGUUGUGUGAACAUCAUAGCUUAGUUACACUACCAUGCCUACAACAUCACUAUAUGCUGUAACCAUAUGCGACCAGCAGGGUAUAAACAUCCCUUUGUUGACUGAAAUGUCCAUGUGUGGUGCAUGACUGUACUCCUCCUUGUGUUCUUUGUUGACAUUCCUGUUAUAUUUUGUAUACAGAUUGUGGUAAGAAGGUGAUUACUUCUGAGGACCUGAAUUUAAAACCAAAGUGUUUCCAUGAUCUAUUACUCUUUUAUAAAAGGAGGAACUCUUUCCUGUAUCUUUAAAAUUCUUCUUUUUCUUCUUCUUCUUCUUUCUUCUGCUUUCUUCUCUUCUU